UCAGAAGGGUGAUUAACAGAACCAAGCUCUGCUCUACGUCCCAUUUAAUACCAGCCACAGGAUGAACGAUUUCACUGAACAUGCGCUCAUGGAGCCAGAGAAGCAAGUAACUAAACUACUGUGGUCCGAGAACAGCAGCUUGUCCCCAGGGCUCAACACCUCUACAGAAUGGGAACUUGUGUUUACCAUUGUGCCCCCCUACAUCUUCACCAUAUGUGUGCUUGGACUAAUCUUUAACAGUUUUGUCCUGGUUGUGUUUGUAGCCUACAAGGAUAAAAUGACUGUAGCAGAUAUCUACCUGGGCAACCUGGCACUGGCUGACUUUAUUCUUCUCUGUGGCCUCCCGUUCUGGGCAAUGAACAUCCGCAACAGGUUUAACUGGCAGUACGGAGAUGUCCUGUGCACUAUGGUCAACGCCAUCAUUGUCAUCAAUUUCUACACCAGCAUCUACACCCUGGUGAUGAUUAGCAUUGACCGCUACUUAGUCCUUGUGAAGACAAUGAAGGUCAAGGUGUUCAGACGGACACUUCACGCCAAGGUGAUCUGCCUCAUUCUUUGGCUCUUCGGGCUCCUGUUGGGCAUGCCAACCAUAGCUCACAGAAAGGUGAAGUUUAUAGAGGAGCACAAAACAACAUCCUGCAUCCUGGAUUAUGCUCAUGACAGUCCUUGGAAGCUCGCCAAUCAUAUUCUGAUGAAUGUCGUGGGUUUCGUUCUCCCGGUUCUGGUCAUUGUUUUCUGCAGUUGGAAUAUAAUCAAGGCUUUGGCUCAGAGGGUGGAGAGCUUUCAUUAUGUUCAUUAUGACAGAAAGGCCACAAUACUGAUGUAUGCCGUCACACUGCUGUUUUUACUCUCUUGGGGUCCCUUCCAGAUAUUUACCUUCCUUGACCUACUCUGUGAUUAUAAAGUCCUGGAAGAGAAUAAGUGGUUUCACACUCUUGACAUAGGCAGACAGGUUUCAGUGUAUUUAGCAUUUCUCAACAGCACCCUCAAUCCUCUGCUCUAUGUCUUCUCCGGACAGUACUUUAGGAGGAAAGUUAGCGCCAUCUACAGAAGUGCUUCACAUCAACGCAGAGGGUCAGACAUGUCAACAUAUCAGCGCUCUUUAGUGUCUACUUACAUCAACAGGACGGAGCAAAUUAAGCCUGUGGUCAUUUUUACUGCACAAGAUCAAAUAUGAAUUUGAUGACAUCAUUCCCUCUUCCUUCGCUGCUUAUGGUUACAAUAUACAGGAUAUGACCCUCAAACUGUUAUUUCAUGAGACUUAACACAAUCAUAAUGCUGUUACACAGUUAAGCAGCACCAUGAGAGGAAGUUUUAAGUGUGCAGUUUGUCGAAAUAAUGGACGCAAAUAGAGAUAAUGAAAAUUGCAUACAAGAAAAUGGAUCUCAUCAAAUCUCAUUGCGUCUUACAAGCUCCAGAAUGCCACAUGUGACUUGCACUGUGGACAUGUUGUAUUUAAUCUGUUAAACAGUGUAAUUCUUACUAGCUUGGGGAACAAGACAAUGUUUACCGCUAUGUGACAUCCCCUUCUCUUUUAACAAAGGUUUUAUGUAUCUGGUAAUCAAGCACACCUGUUGUUGGAGUUCUGGGACAAAAACAUAGUUCUUUUUUUGCCUGAUCUAGCAGUCCUGUAUCUUUUUUGUAUUUUUCGUUGUAUGAUGUGCCAAAUGUUUUGAGUUGCUGAGAGGUCCUAGUGCUCUCUGCUAAACCCCUCUCCGUUCAUCACACGGACUGGCCCCCCUUGUCCUGACUGUUGAAGCAUCCACCUCAUGUGGCCAGGGCGGGGACUAGCCUGCAUACCAAGAGGGUCAAGACAUACACAGUUCCAUUGCAUAAUAACAGUGAAGCUGAUUCUGAUGUGGAUAAGACUGCAAUCCUGCUCUAUACAAGCAUCAGCCAUGCACCCUGACAGUUCAGUUCUUUUGGAAGACUGUGGGAAGUACAACAUUUCCUGAACAACCUGGGACACAGCAUUUUCAGUAUCAAACUGAUAUUUUCCUUCCAAGUUGCCUUGUAGAGGUCAAGAGUGCUACAUAGUUGGGGGUCUGAUGCUUCUGACCCCAGCAGAAAGAAGACUGAUGUUUGUUAUGUUUGAAAUCCAAACACACUUCUUGUAACUGUUUUGUAACACAUUGCAAGUUUUGGGAGGAAUGGAUCAUUAUUCAGCUGAAUGUUUAUAGUGGGAAAUAUAAAUAUUAGGGAAGUGACAACAGGAGUUUUAGGCUUACCAAACUGUCUUUAUUUAACUAUGACAAGGCAAACCUGGUGUUACAUUCAAUGGGACCUUUAACAUUUUAUAUUCUUUAUGUGUUGGGGGUUUGUGUGAUCGGUAUUGUAACAACAUUUGCAAGUCAGUACAUUCUGUUUUACAUUCAUAUUUUACACAAGAGUACAAGGUUUUUGAAGUUGGGAUUGUGCAAUAUGCCGAAAUAUAUUUAUCUCCUAGUGUUUAAAAUCAAGGGUAAGGUUUGUAUCUUCAUUGUAUAACAUGCAGUAGUCAUUGAAAUCUCUGUUGGUUUAUUAUGUACCGUGAUCUGUCAUUUUCUGAUGCUUGUAUCUUAAGUGAAUAACUAUUUUUAUUUUUAAAAAUCUACUUCAGCAAGGUUCUGUUAUGACUUGAUGUAAUGUCAUUUGUGACUGCAAUCAAUCCAUUUGAUUAGCUCGAUACUCCUUUGACUUCCUUGAAAGAUUAUUGUCAAGUGUACUCCUCAUGGAGCAUUUUGAGACGACUGGGCAUCU